CCGAGGGGCGGCCGGGGGGAGGGCAGAGCCGAGCCGAGCCGUGCCGAGCCGCCCAGAGCCGCGGAGCCGCGACGGGACAGCACAUGCGGUGGUGAGGCGCGCCGGACCGGGCUGAGCGAGCCGAGCGGAGCCGCCCCAGCCCAGCAUGGCACCGUGGCUCUGGCCGUGCCUUCUGGCCGCGCAGGCCCUGGCCGCCAACUUCCCCCCCCGGUACAGCCUCUACACCGGCGGGGCCGCCCCGCUCGCCCCCGGCCCGGCCGCGGCCCACAGCGGUGCCCGGGCCGCCAGCCGGCACAGGAACUGGUGUGCCUACGUGGUGACCCGCAGCGUGAGCUGCGUGGUGGAGGAUGGCGUCGAGAGCUUCAUCAAGCCAGACUACCAGCCCUGCGCCUGGGGGCAGCUCCAGUGCCCCCGAGUCCUGGCGUACCGCAGCUUCCUGCGGCCCCGCUACAAGGUGUCCCAGCGCACGGUGUCCGAGCUGGCCUGGCGCUGCUGCCAGGGCUACUCGGGGCCGGACUGCAGCGAGGGGCCCGCGCCAGCAUCCCCCCAGCCCACCGGCCGCCCCCCGCCCCGGCCCGGCCGCCCCACGCUCUCCGGCUUCGGCAACCCCCUCAGUGGCCUGGGGGGCGAAGGCGGCGGGGACCCGGAGAAGGUGCGGCGGCUGGAGGAGCAGGUGCGGCGGCUGAGCGAGCAGCUGGAGGAGCUGCGGGCCGGGCAGGAGCCGCCGCGGGCGGCUGUGGAGGGGCAGCCCGGGCCCGAGCAGCCGGCGGACGCGGCCGCCCCUGCCGAGGUGCGGGAGGCGCUGAGCCACCUCCAGCGGCGCCUGGAGGAGCUGGAGACCCGCCUGCCCCGCACCGAGGGCGGCCGCGACGGCCCAGGGGCUCCGGGGGGCGCGGGCACGGCGGCGCUGUACGAGCUGGAGCAGCGGCUGCAGGAGCUGUGCGCCGCCUGCACCACCGGCACCGAGGGGCUGCGGCGGCAGGCGGCCGAGGACCGGGAGCGGAUGCGGGCGCUGGAGAAGCUGGUGGGCUCGGUGGACAAGCGCAACAGGGAUGCGGUGGAGUCGGUGCAGAGGCACAUCAGCAGCCUGAGCAGCCGCCUGGCGCCCGCCCCGGCCGCUCCCCCGUCCCCGGACGUGCUCCGCCGCCUGGCCGAGCUGGAGCGGCGGCUGGAGGGGCUGCCGGUGCCGGCCGGGGACACCGAGGGGCUCUGGGAGGACGGGCUGGCCGGGACCCUGGGCGCGCUGGGGGGCGAGGCGCUGGCCGAGGAGCUGGAGCAGCUCCGCAACCGGACCGGGCGGCUGGAGGCGGCCCUGGAGGAGCUGGGCGGUGACCCCUGCGCCCGGCCCUGCGCCUCGCCGCCCCCCCGGGAGCCCGAGCCGCUCCCGCCCGGCCCCGAGGAGCCGGAGGCGCCGCUCGAGGGCUUCGGCGUCUUCGGGGGCCCGUCGCCGUCGGAGCUGCGGGUGCUGCGGGGGCAGCUGACGGCGGCGCUGGCGGCCCUGAGCGGGCUGAACGCCACGGUGGAGGGGCUGCAGGACGCGCUGGAGGAGCAGGACGCCCGGCAGCGCCAGCUGAGCGCCGCCACCGACCGCGUGGUGGCCGAGCUGGACCAGGCGGCGGCGGCGUCGGCGGCGCGACAGGCGGAGAGCGAGGAGCGGCUGGAGAGGGGUGGGUGUGGGGAGGUAGGGCCUUGGCCGGGUGAUGCUGUGGUGUGGGGCACAGGACCGCAGGAGGAUCCCGGCUGUGGGGUUGCAGUGUGUGGGGACAAGGGGACAUCCCGCGUGGGGCACCCCCCUAACGCCCUCCUCCCUGAAGGCCCCCCAGGCCCCCCUGGACCUGCUGGCCCCGUGGGAGAGACUGGCCCUCCUGGCCCUGCUGGGCCCCCGGGCAAGGACGGAGAGCAGGGUCCCGUGGGCCCCCCCGGGCUGCCCGGAGAGAGAGGCGCGGUCGGGGAGCCGGGCUCGGUGCCCCGCGUCGCCUUCUCGGCCGCGCUGAGCUCGCAGCGCUCGGAGCCGGGCACCGUGCCCUUCGACCAGGUGCUGCUCAACGACGGCGGCGCCUACGACCCCGAGACCGGCACGUUCACGGCGCCGGUGCCCGGGCGGUACCUGGUGAGCGCGGUGCUCACGGGGCACCGGGGCGAGGCGCUGGAGGCCGUGCUGUCCCGCUCCGGCCACGGCAUCGCCCGCCUGGACUCGGCCGGGUUCCAGCCCGAGGGGCUGGAGAAGGGCCCGGUGGCGGCGCGGGGCCCGAGCCCCGGGGCGCUCGGCGUGUUCAGCCUGCUGCUGCCGCUGGCGGCCGGCGAGACGCUCUGCGUGGACCUGGUGUCGGGGCGCCUGGCGCACGCCCCCGACGAGCCCCUGACCGCCUUCAGCGCCGCGCUGCUCUACGGCCCCGAGGAGCCCUAGGGCCGCGGGGCACGGCCGGCCCCGCCGGGACCCCCCCCCGCCCCGUUAUU